AUUAGGUCAAGUUGAGGUUUUUUUUUUGUCCAAGAAUUUUUUUUUGUUUGACUAAAAAGAAGAGAAGGGUUGAGGAGAAGGUGAAGAAGAACAACCCCAACAACUAGAUCUGAGUGUGUAACCAAAAUUCCUUCAAACUUCUAAACUUUCAAUCAAAGGGAACUCAAUUAUGCUUUGAAUCUCUCUGACAAUGCCACGCCCUAGUUUUCAUAAGCUUAUUCUCCCCAUAACACUUCAAUCUAGACAACUGAGGAUUCCAGAUAAUUUUCUGAGGAAAUAUGGCGCCCAGCUUUCGGCUAUUGCUACCCUAACUGUUCCUGAUGGUACCGUCUGGCGAUUAGGGUUAAAAAAGGUCGACAACAGAAUUUGGUUCGUCGAUGGUUGGCAAGAUUUUGUUCAACGCUACUCCAUUGGUAUCGGAUACUUCUUAGUAUUCAUGUAUGAAGGAAGUUCAUCCUUCAUCGUUCAUAUCUUCAAUAUGAGUACUUCUGAGUUAAACUAUCAAUCAGCCAUGAGAAGCCGUAACGAAGGGCCCUGCUAUCCAAAUUAUCAUCACAUUUUUGACGAAAUGGAAGAUGUUGAUUCCUUCGACUUCUUGGAUUCGUCACCUUCAAACCUUACUCCUGGUGCAUUGCAAGACAAGGUUUUUGCUGGAUCUAUAGAUCAGCUGUCACAGGGAAAGAAUCACACUCCAUCGUUGCAGAAUUUGUUUAACGGCGGGUCGAAACUCAACCGCGUUAACUGGGGAGAUAUCGGCGGCGCUCUUUCUUCUAAAAGUCCCAAUCAGUCAACCAGAGAUAUUGGUGUUCAGUUUAAUGCUGUUGAGUUUAAAAAGUCUACUGAAGAACUGAAAUUGCGCUAUCCUAAUGAGGAAGGGGUGAAUAAUAAUAGUAGUAAUAAACCUGCGAGAAAGAAGCGGAAAUCAGAACUGAAAGAUGCUCAGGAACCCUCGGGUGACAAUGAAGAUGAAGCGGAAAUGCGCUAUCGAUUCUACGAAAGUGCAUCUGCUAGAAAAAGAACUGUGACAGCAGAAGAAAGAGAAAGGGCGAUUAAUGAUGCAAAAGCGUUUGAACCAUCUAAUCCUUUCUGUCGAGUUGUCCUGCGACCCUCCUAUUUAUAUAGGGGAUGCAUAAUGUAUUUGCCAUCCUGCUUUGCCGAAAAGAAUCUGAACGGUGUUUCAGGAUUCAUUAAACUUCAAACCCCCGAUGGAAGACAGUGGCCUGUUCGCUGCCUUUAUAGAGGCGGCCGAGCUAAGUUAAGCCAAGGAUGGUAUGAAUUUACAUUAGAGAACAAUUUAGGCGAAGGUGAUGUUUGCGUUUUCGAGCUGCUUAGAACCAGAGAUGUGGUGCUGCAAGUUACUUUAUUCCGCGUAGCUGAGGAUGAAUCAGGGUUAUUCAACCCUUCGAUGCAGCCGAACCAAAACGUGAGCCAUGCAAAACUGUUGAACCCUCACUUGCAGCACCGUAUCAGCACAACCAAAUCUGUUAAAAAUUAGAAAGGAGAGUUAUAACUCCUUGAUAGACAAAAACUUUGGCAAGUAGCUCUUACUUCUCUGAGUGAUCCUUUCAUCUCUGGUUUAUUCAGUUUGGAACUUUGAUGCUUUUCCAUGUCCAUACACAUUUGAACUUAGUUUUAUGGUUGGUAGUUUUUUUUAUAUGGGUAUUUUUGUUUUGACUUGGGUUGUAAAUAGACAGUUCAAUCUAUUUUUAGUCGAAACGCUUAUCUUGGCUUUAA